AUGGCGGUGGAGUGCGGACUGGGCGCUCUGAGCUCGGAACUAAUUGUCGCCGAUGAAUACCCUCUGAUGUCUCUGGAGUUCGCGAGGGCUUUCGACUCGUUUAAGUAUGCUAAGUGGAGAUGGCGUGGGGGGGGGGGGGAUCGUCUGGCUUUCGGUGACACCUCGGUGGCGUCGAAGGCCCGCGUGGGAGCGGUCCGUGUCACCGGGAUCGUGACGCGAGCCUCCUGGAGGGACGCCGAGAAGGGAAUGUGUCACUCGGCCCUGCGUGACCAGUUGGAGGGGGAAGUCUGUGACAUGCCAAUCAGUGGGAGCCUUGGGAACCGAGGAGAGCGUGUCAGCAGUUGGACCAUGGUGCCCGGCCACAGACGGACCUCUCCCCUCUCCAGGGGAGCCACGCUUCUCCUGGUUCUGGCCAGUCUGGUGCUGCUGGUCCACGCAGACAGCGCACCCAACUUCAUCAAAUCCCCCGACGACCAGACAGGGAUCGGAGGCGUGGCCUCCUUCGUGUGCCAGGCGGGGGGAGACCCCAAGCCCAGGAACUGGAUGAAGAAGGGGAAGAAAGUCAGCUCUCAGCGCUUUGAGGUGAUCGAGUUCGACGACGGCUCCGGGUCGGUGCUGCGCAUCCAGCCCCUGAGGACCCACCGCGACGAGGCCAUCUACGAGUGCACGGCCGCCAACAGCGUGGGAGAGAUCAACACCAGCGCCAAGCUCACCGUCCUGGAAGAGGACCAAAUCCCCCAUGGCUUCCCUACCAUCGACAUGGGGCCCCAGCUGAAGGUGGUGGAGAGGACCAGGACCGCCACCAUGCUGUGCGCCGCGAGCGGGAACCCCGACCCGGAGAUUUCCUGGUUCAAAGACUUCCUGCCCGUGGACAUCAACAGCAGCAAUGGCCGAAUCAAGCAGCUCCGCUCAGGAGCGCUUCAGAUCGAGAACAGCGAGGAGUCGGACCAGGGCAAGUACGAGUGCGUGGCGGUCAACAGUGCCGGGACUCGCUACUCAUCCCCGGCCAACCUCUACGUCCGAGUGCGCCGCGUCCCCCCCCGCUUCUCCAUCCCCCCCACCAACCACGAGGUGAUGCCGGGCGGGAGCGUCAACCUGACCUGCGUAGCGGUGGGCGCCCCCAUGCCCUACGUCAAGUGGAUGACGGGCCCCACGGAACUGACCAAGGAGGAGGAGAUGCCCGUGGGCCGCAACGUGCUGGAGCUCACCAACAUCCGCCUGUCGGCCAACUACACCUGCGUGGCCAUCUCCUCGCUGGGCAUGAUCGAGACCACGGCGCAGAUCAUCGUGAAAGCCCUGCCCAAGCCCCCGACCUCCCUGAUCGUCACGGAGACCACGGCGACCAGCGUGACCCUCACCUGGGACUCGGGCAACCCCGAGCCCGUGUCCUACUACGUGAUCCAGUACCGCGCCAAGGCCGCCGACACGGGCUUCCAAGAGGUGGACGGCGUGGCCACCACGCGCUACAGCAUCGGCGGCCUCAGCCCCUACUCCGAGUACGAGUUCCGCGUCAUGGCGGUCAACAACAUCGGCCGGGGCCCCUCCAGCGGCCUGGUGGACACCCGCACCAGCGAGCAGGCGCCCUCCUCGCCCCCCCUGGCCGUGCAGGCGCGCAUGCUGAGCGCCAGCACCAUGCUGGUGCAGUGGGAGCCUCCGGAGGAACCCAACGGGCAGGUCCGGGGUUACCGGGUGUACUACAGCUCGGAGGCGGACGCCCCGUUGAACGCGUGGCAGAAGCACAACACGGACGACAGCCGGCUGACCACCAUCUCCGGGCUGGUCACGGACAUCACCUACAGCCUGCGGGUGCUGGGGUUCACCUCGGUGGGGGACGGGCCGCCCUCCGACAUGCUGCAGGUCAAGACCCAGCAGGGGGUCCCGGCCCAGCCGUCCAGCUUCGAGGCGGAGGCGGAGCUGGACACUCGCAUUAUGCUGUCGUGGCUCUGGCCAGUGCAGGACCCCAUCACCAAAUACGAGCUCAUGUACUGGGAGUCCGGCUCCAGGGACAAGGUCCACGUGACCUUCGACCCAGCAGGCUCCUACGCCGUGGAGGGUCUGAAGGCCGACACCCUCUACAUGUUCACCCUGGCGGCCCGCUCCGAGAUGGGCCUGGGAGUCUUCACUCAACCCUAGAGGCCAGAAACCGCCCAGUCCACCCCCUCAGCGCCCCCCCAGGAGGUCCGCCUGCAGAGCCCCAGCUCCACCAGCCUGACGGUGAGUUGGGCGGCGCCCCCCGCCGCCAGUCGCCACGGCGACAUAGUGCGCUACUCGCUGGCCUACCGGGCCGCCUCGGGGGAGGACCCGGAGCGCCACGAGGUGGCCGACAUCGCGGAGGCGACCAGCUACGCGCUGGAGGGCCUGGAGAAGUGGACCGAGUAUCUGGUGUGGGUGAGGGCCCACACGGACGUGGGGCCGGGCCCGGAGAGCCCCGCAGCCCGGAUGAGAACCAGGGAGGACGGUACGUCUGCGUCCAUCGACCCUGGCCAGCAGUUUACCUGGGAACACUCGAACCUGGAGGUCAACAAGCCAAAGAACCGCUAUGCAAACGUCAUCUCCUACGACCACUCGAGGGUCAUCCUGAGCCCUGUAGACGGGGUGCCGGGCAGCGACUACAUCAACGCCAACUACAUCGACGGCUACCGGAAGCAGAACGCGUACAUCGCCACGCAGGGCCCCCUGCCGGAGACGCUCAGCGACUUCUGGAGGAUGGUGUGGGAGCAGAGGAGCAACACCAUCGUCAUGAUGACCCGGCUGGAGGAGAAGUCCAGGGUGAAGUGUGACCAGUACUGGCCCAGCCGGGGGACAGAGACCUAUGGGAUGAUCCAGGUGACCAUGUUGGACACAGUGGAUCUCGCCACCUACAGCGUACGCACCUUCGCCCUCUACAAGAAUGGCUCCAGUGAGAAAAGGGAGGUGAGGCAGUUCCAGUUCAUGGCCUGGCCCGAUCACGGCGUGCCCGAGUACCCCACCCCCACGCUGGCCUUCCUGCGCAGGGUCAAGGCCUGCAACCCCUCUGACGCCGGGCCCAUGGUGGUCCACUGCAGUGCCGGCGUGGGCCGCACGGGCUGCUUCAUCGUGAUCGAGGCCAUGCUGGAGCGCGUGCGGCACGAGCAGCAGGCGGACGUGUACGGCCACGUGACGUGCAUGCGCGCGCAGCGCAACUACAUGGUGCAGACGGAGGACCAGUACGCCUUCAUCCACGACGCCCUGCUGGAGGCGGCCGCCUGCGGCCACACGGAGGUGCCCGCCCGCAGCCUGUACGCCCACAUCCAGACGCUCACCCAGGUCACGCCGGGGGACGCCGUCACCGCCAUGGAGCUGGAGUUCAAGAAACUGGCCAACUCCAAAGCACAUACCUCAAGAUUCAUCAGUGCCAACCUGCCGUGCAACAAGUUCAAGAACCGCCUGGUGAACAUCAUGCCUUUCGAGUCCACGCGCGUCUGCCUCCAGCCAAUCCGAGGCGUGGAGGGCUCCGACUACAUCAACGCCAGCUUCAUCGACGGAUACAGGCAACAGAAAGCCUACAUGGCGACCCAGGGCCCACUGGCGGAGACUACUGAAGACUACUGGAGGAUGCUGUGGGAACACAACUCCACCAUAGUGGUCAUGCUCACCAAAUUACGAGAGAUGGGGCGGGAAAAGUGCCAUCAGUACUGGCCAGCCGAACGUUCUGCCCGGUACCAGUACUUUGUCGUGGAUCCGAUGGCCGAGUACAACAUGCCCCAGUACAUUCUGAGGGAGUUCAAGGUCACCGAUGCCAGAGAUGGCCAGUCCAGGACCAUUCGUCAGUUCCAGUUCACCGACUGGCCUGAACAAGGGGUGCCAAAAACUGGAGAGGGCUUCAUUGACUUCAUCGGCCAAGUGCACAAAACCAAGGAACAGUUUGGCCAGGAUGGACCGAUAACUGUGCACUGCAGUGCCGGCGUGGGGCGGACCGGGGUCUUCAUCACGCUGAGCAUCGUGCUGGAGAGGAUGAGGUACGAGGGCGUGGUGGACCUCUUCCAGACGGUGAAGACACUGAGAACCCAGAGGCCAGCCAUGGUGCAGACAGAGGAUCAGUAUCAGCUGUGCUACCGGGCAGCUCUGGAGUACCUUGGAAGCUUUGAUCACUAUGCAACAUAACCCAUUCCCAGAAUGCACCGGGGGUCCCGAGAGGAAUGCUGCUUGUCCCUACGGAGCCAUAAUCCACCCUGCUGCUGACUCGGGGUGGAGGCUGUGGGAGGGGUGAGAGGGAAGGGCGAGGUGAGAGGGGCCGAGAGCACAAUUCUGACUGGACGACCUGCAGUAGGAACAGUACUGCUUGACUGGCACAAUAAACCUGCUUUAAACCCUUCACUGAAAUCUCCCCCCCACCCCCCAAAAAAAGAACCAUAAAAAUCUUCAGUAUGCUUCAUUCUGAUGUGUCGACUGCACAUCACUUUACCCCUAUUUCUUCCUCACCUUAUAGCAAAAAGUAUUUUUCAGCUAUUUUUAUUUAUAUCAAUAUUACCAUUAUAACUAUGUUAUUAUUAUUUAGAUUUUGUUUUUUAAUCAUUUACACUGGCUACUGUAUGUCUUAAUGGCUCUUAUUUUAAAUUAAAGUGUAUCUUUUUUUCUUCUUUUUUUUGGCAAAAGGACAUGUAUUUUCAACAUGCUCCGAGUCAUUAUUACUGGAGAACACACUCAGAGCUGCUAAUAAUUUUAUUUUUUACCAUAGUUAAGAUAUUAUAAAGUUCUCAUGAUCAGAUCGGUCUUAUUCAGUGGUGUCGGGGAUAAACUUUUAUAAGCCUUUUCACUUCCUGGUAAUUUACAGAAUGAUAACCUCCUCCAAAAUAUAAACACCAGUUUGUGAACUAUCAACUAAAGCAAUGGCUCUCAAAACUGAAUCGACUAAUGACGUUUGAAAACUAACAUGUACAGAUUCUGGCUUUUUUCUCAUUAGCUGUUAACUGUGAUUUUCUUAAUGCCUGUCUUUGGAGACCACGACAAAGUUGACAGAGAUAUGGGGGAAAGAUUGUCUGUCCUGCGACCUCACGGCCUCAGUUUCGCCUCGCUGGUGUCAUGGCGGGCCUGAGGUGGACUCAUCUAUGGAUCCCAAGAGGCUGUGGUCUGACAAGCUGACCUGGUCCGGGUCGGCUUGCUCCCUGGCCCAGUUCAGACGCGUUCAGCAUCCCCCCCCCUUCCAUGGGAAGUGUGAGAGUGGCAUCCAUGUAUUUCUGAUCAAUCGGCUGAAUCAUAAACUGCACCUUUCCAUCGGCAAACACUUUGGACUGACCCAACCCAGAAAACGAACUACUUAAUCACAGACUCGGCAUUCAUGGUAUCUCUGCUGUAAUAGUAUAUCACUGUGGGACAGAAAGACAAUCUCCUGUAACACUAAAAAAGCAGCGUCGAUGUGUGGGGGACGAUGAGCGUUCUCCUUUAGUGGUUGAGGUUGCGAAGUGAGUUGGAUUUAGAGGAGUGGGACUACGAAACAUGAAUAAUUUCACUUUGUCCUCAAAAUCGUGCCGUAGGGGUUCAAUCUGUUGUACACGAUCUGUUUUCUAUUUGUUCAUAAAAAGGAGAGAAAAAUAUGUUGCAAAACCUUGAUGUUAAUAAAGUUGAAUAAUUGGGUUUUUUA